CGGUCCUCGGUUGCGUCUCGAUUACGUGCCGAUCGACUUGUUCCCCGCACCCCGAACCAGCCGGAUCUUUGUGUGACAAACCGACCGCAACAACGCCAGAAUCCGGAGCGCGCCUGCUUGCAUAGGGCUGCCCGAGUUAUCCUUGUAGGCGCCCCGGGAGUGGGAAAGGGGACGCAGUCUGAGCGGCUGUUGCAGCGGUUUCCUCAGCUGUCAUCCAUCUCCUCUGGGGAUCUUCUCAGGCACAAUGUCAAGCAGCGGACACCUCUGGGCAUCAAGGUCGAGAGUACGAUGAAGGCCGGACUUUUGGUUCCCGAUGAUCUUAUCCUUCGGUUGAUCAAUAACGAGCUCAACCAGCGCGGGUGGUUGUACUCGAGCCACCCCGCCGGCAACGUCAUGACGCUCGCUUCCUGUGCCGCCGAGACGCAGUCCUUCAGCAAUGAUGCCGAUAUGGCUGCCUUCAUUUCGCACCCAGCGCAUGCUCGUGGUGGUUACGGCUCACCUUCAGAAGAUCCCUCGGCUUCGUUUCUUCUCGAUGGGUUCCCUCGUACCGCGACACAGGCUGAACGGCUCGACGAGACAAUCCCCAUUAACAUGGUUGUGUCACUGAAGACGCCGCUGGCGGUCAUUAUGGAGCGCAUCUCUGGGAGAUGGGUGCAUGAGGCUUCGGGCAGGGUUUACAACACUACUUUCAACCCACCCAAGGUUGCUGGUGUCGAUGAUGUCACUGGAGAGCCGUUGGUCCGCAGGGCAGACGACAGCGAGGAGGUCUACCGCCAACGAUGGAAGAAGUUUGAGGAGACGAGCGAGCCAUUGUUGGAACACUACGCUCGCAAGGGUGUGCUGUGGGAGGUGUCGGGAAUGAGCAGCGACGAGAUCACCCCCAAGCUCAUGCGUGAGUUUGAGCGUCGCUUUGCUGAAUGA